AUGACGGCCGGGGCCGUCACGGCGCUGCGUCACGGCGCGGCCGCCAAGAUGGCGAAGGUGUCGGAGAUGUACGACGUGACUUGGGAAGAUAUGCGUGAUAAAAUGAGGAAAUGGAGAGAAGAAAACUACCGAAACAGUGAACAGAUAGUGGAUGUUGGAGAAGAGUUAAUUAAUGAAUAUGCAUCUAAACUUGGAGAUGACAUUUGGAUAAUUUAUGAGCAGGUGAUGAUCGCUGCCCUGGACUGCAGUCGAGAUGAUUUGGCAUUGUUUUGUCUUCAGGAACUGAGGCGGCAGUUUCCUGGGAGCCACAGAGUUAAACGAUUAACUGGAAUGAGAUUUGAAGCCAUGGAAAGGUAUGAUGAUGCUAUCCAGUUAUACGACAGAAUUUUACAGGAAGAUUCAACUAAUACAGCAGCAAGAAAGCGUAAGAUUGCCAUUCGAAAAGCCCAGGGGAAAAAUCUCGAGGCCAUCCGAGAGCUGAAUGAGUAUCUGGAACAAUUUGUUGGUGACCAAGAAGCUUGGCAUGAACUUGCAGAACUUUACAUCAAUGAACAUGACUAUGCAAAGGCAGCCUUCUGCUUAGAGGAGCUUAUGAUGACUAAUCCACACAACCACUUAUAUUGUCAACAAUAUGCUGAAGUUAAAUAUACUCAGGGGGGGCUUGAAAACCUUGAGCUGUCAAGAAAGUAUUUUGCACAAGCACUGAAGCUUAACAACAGAAAUAUGAGAGCUCUAUUUGGACUUUACAUGUCUGCCAGUCAUAUUGCUUCCAAUCCAAAAGCAAGUGCAAAAAUGAAAAAGGAUAAUAUGAAAUAUGCCAGCUGGGCAGCAAACCAAAUAAACAGAGCAUACCAGUUUGCAGGUCGCAGUAAGAAAGAAACUAAAUACUCUUUGAAAGCAGUGGAAGAUAUGUUUGAGACUCUGCAAAUCACUCAGUCUUAGCUUGGCACAGAGAUCUAAUAUGAAAUUUUCCAAUACCACAUUCAACCUGUAAUGACCUGUGGGUUAUGUUACUCUAGUGCUGUUAAAAGUUAAUUUUGUAUUGAUUACAUGCUAUAUAAAAUAACAUUUUAUGAAAAGUAAAAUGCCUAUUUAUUGCUGCUAUAAGAAAUGUGAUGAAUACCCACUGAAAUGAAUAACUUAUCCACAUAAACAACACAAAGAAAUGACGGGCUGCACAUCAGUAUCCUCAGAUUUUUGUAUGUACAGUACCUGCUUCUAAGCCAUAAUUUGUAGAAAUAAACUUGUUAAAUGAUUAA